CAGUGUGAAGAGGAGAACAUGCAAGAGUGCUCUCCUGUCUGAGGUCCGAAUAUUUUACAUUUAGGUGACGUACGGACAUCUAUGUGACAAUGGAGCGUUCAGUUCAAAUGCCUAUGGUGUCUCUGCAGACGGUGGCAAUAAUAUUAAUGAUAAGUGAAUUUACAAAAGCACAAACAGAAAGCUCAACCAGUUUGACAGCUGCAGAUACUGGCACAUCAGAAAGCCCAACCGAUUCCACAGCUACAAACAUCGGCACAAAUGUUAUCAUGACGCAAAGCCCAACCAGUUCCACCACUGCAGACAUCGGCACAACAGCCAUCAGCACCAAAGGUUCAAACAGUUCCACAGCAACAGACACCGGAAUAACAGCUGCACUUACUACUCCAAUCCCUGGUUAUGACCCAUGCAGUAACUAUACAGUCCUGGAUCAGCCCUGGAGAGCUACUAAUGCAUCAUGGGAUAACAUUUGCGAUCAAGUCUUUCAGUGGAACGGCUGGUAUCGUCUUCUCUAUUAUGGGAUGAACAUACGCAUGCCAGAGCACUGUAGUAGUGGAUGUUCCACUAAUAUUGCUCUCUGGCUAAAUGGCUCACAUCCCCAGAUACAGGAUGGAAUAGUCACCCGUCAGAUCUGUGGUAAUGAUGGAGGAAGCUGCUGCAAUAGUUACUACAGAAACUCUAUUCGAGUCAAAGCGUGCCCAGGAAAUUUUUCUGUCUAUGAAUUCAUUGGAUUCCCUUAUUGGUGGUGUUCAGCCUACUGUGCAGAUAUUACCACACUAACUCCAAGCAACCUCUCAGCAACCGGAGUCAAUAUAACAACAGACUCCAGCUUUGACCCAUGCUAUAACUAUACUGCCCUGGACAACUACUGGAGAAAUGCACGCACAUCCUACAAUGGACACGAUGACACCAUUGUAGAAUGGAAGGGCUGGUAUCGACUGUAUCUUCAAGGACAAAGUGCUCAAAUGUCUGAGUGGUGUGGGUUUUCCACUACAUGUGGUGGUUAUACUCCUCUGCUGCUCGGAGGUUCACAUCCGCAGAUUUCUGAUGGAAUUGUCACUCGUGAAGUCAUUGGGUCUCGUUACUCAACAUGCAAUUACUACAAAUCCAACCCAGUUCAAGUCAAGGCUUGUCCAGGAAAUUAUUAUGUCUAUAAACUUGUUAAGCCAGAUGUGUCGAUUCCUGUUCCUUCAUACUGUGCAGUUUCUUUUAGCAACUCCAGUGUAGACCCCUGCUACAGCUAUACUACCCUGAAUGAUCCUUGGAGAAGCAGCACUGACUCCACCACAACUUUACACUGUGAUGUAUAUGUGAACUGGGUGGGCUGGUAUCGGCUUUUCUAUGAAGGACAAAGUACCAAGAUGCCAGAAACCUGUGUCAGUCCAUACAGGUGUGGCACCAACACCCCACUGUGGCUCAAUGGCUCUCACCCACGCGUAGAAGAUGGAGUGGUGGUCCGGCAAAUCUGUGGAAGCAGUGGCAGUGAUUGCUGCUUUUAUAAACCCGUACCCAUUCAAGUGAAAGCUUGCCCGGGAAACUACUACGUGUAUGAGUUUGUUCCACCAAAUUUCUGCAAUGCAGCCUAUUGUACAGUUCCUUAUAGAUUGUUUCCCAUUCUACCUGGUACUAUUCAGCAGGCUGUUACUGUUGAUGGAGGUUCUACACUGAUCCAGCUUGACUAUCCAUUCUUCUACUUUGGAAAACCACACUCACAAUUAUAUCUCAGUAUGAAUGGUUUCCUGUCUUUUGAACCCCUCUACCCUGUCGGCUAUGACCCGUCUCUGAACAAAGACAUCAUCGCUCCACUGUGGACUAAAAUCCACAUUUACACCAGAGGAAAUAUCUCCUACAGCCAAGCCACAAGUGGCCCUCUUUUAAAACUAGCUAGUAAUGAAAUUACCGAAAUAUUACCUGGCAUUAAAUUCUCUGUUUCCUGGGUCUUUGUCAGCACGUGGGAGAAGGUGGAAUUUGAACCUGAUGUAGGGGAGGUGACUUUCCAAGUACUCUUGAUCUCUGACAGUGAAAACCGCUCUUACGUCAUGAUGAACUAUGGAUCCAUCCCCCCUUCUCCACAAGCUUGGAUGGCUGGAUAUAAAACAGAGAACAAUACCCAUAAUUUCACCAUUGAGGCACCCAGUACCUCUAGUCUGUCUUCUACUACUAAUGUUGGAAUACCUGGUCACUGGGCAUUUCGUGUUGAUGGUGAAGUGUCAGCUCCAUCUACGUUUUUCUUUCCCAUGCUACCUGGUGCUAUUCAACAUGCUGUUACUACUGAUGGAGGUUCUACACUGAUCCAGCUUGACUAUCCAUUCUUCUACUUUGGAAAACCACAUUCACAAUUAUAUCUCAGUAUGGAUGGUUUCCUGUCUUUUGAGUACCUCUACCUUGAGGGCUAUGACUCAACUCUGAACAAAGACAUCAUCGCUCCACUGUGGACUGACGUUGACUCUUACACCAGAGGAAACAUCUCUUAUGACUACAAAUGA